GUGAGGACACAUGUUCGUCUGGAGAUGAAGGACGACGACAUCGAGGGCGAGCAGAGUCGGCGAUGUAUCAGUCGUGACUUCGAGCUGCCAGCCAAAACGAGAAGCGCCAAGCGCGCCCAAGCACAUUGCUCCUGCCGACAUCGUCUCCUCGGACGUCCCGAUGACAUCGUGAUGAACAAAAACAAUGACUCGACAAUCGCUACACAGACUACUAAUCUCACCAACGACGCGGAUCAGACCAUGCCGGAUUGCGUACAGGACUAGGAUAAAUUACAGCUUCACUUCCCAACACACCACAAUGGCAUCUGCCGGCCCCGAAGAAGGCCGAACAUAUCCCCUCAAACGGCCCAAUGGCCACAAACCUCCAGUUCCUAGAUGGACUCUCAAGUUGCCACGUGAAGUCAGCCACGUGUAUACACUAUACAUCGGAGUGCAGAGUCACAACAAUCACGUACAAAAGCGCCAAGAGGCAGAAGACAUUAUCGAUGGCAUACUUGACGCUCAUCGUCCACCAGCAGUAGAUACGUUCCGGGUCACUCACGGUUUCGACCUAGUCGACUCCAAAGUGUGGGUAGCGUACUGGACAAAUCAGGCAGAUUUCGAAACUACAUUACAGAAGCUCAACCUGCCCGAGAUUUGGCAAAGCCUGGGCAGUAGCAAGCAGGACAUUGGGAUAUGGCUCGAACAUUUCGCCGCACCAGUCGAGAGACUCGAAACGAAUUAUGCUCGAUUGGACCACAAACCAGGUCUUGCGCAAUUACCAGGUGUAGAGCAGCCAGACCAUGAAUUGACAGCAUAUUGGGGAGCGGGACGUGAUCGCAUUCCUGCUUCCGCUCACGACCUCUUUGAAACGCCAAAAGAUGUCCCUACUCCUUCCUCAGAGCCCGUUGGAAUUGGCGAGAGACUGACAGGAACGAACUAUGACAACAUGUGCCAUAUCCGCUCCGGCCAAUGGUGGGCCCUCUGCCCUCCCGACGAACGCGAAGCCUAUGAGACCAAACUCCAAGAAGCCCUUAUGGGCGGCAUGGACUACCUAUGGACUCAUCCCGAAGAAACCGGAACAAUCGGCUUACGCUUCUUACAAAACCUUGACGACAAAGGAAACUCAAUUCUCGAAACUUGUGGAGCGGGCUUCCAUAAAAAUUGGAAAGGUUUGGAAAAAUGGAGUAGUCGACAUCCGAGCCACUUGAAGAUCUUCAAUGGAAUGAUGAAGCAUGCGAAAGAAUUUGGAGAGAAUAGGAAGUUUAUGACUUGGCACGAGGUCUGGAUCUUCAAAGCAGGCGAAGCACAUUUCGACUAUGUGAACUGCGAUCCGAAGACUGGUGUGAUGAAAUGGGUGGAUUUGAAGCGCGAGAAACUUGAUUGAUUGCUUCACAGUUUGACAGAUGUACAGAAUGUCAUGAUUUGCGAAGUUUUUGGCAGGUCUCAGUUGACAUUCAAUUCGACGCAGACCACGAGUCAUUACGAAGCGACGGAAUAGAUUUCAUUGACCAUACGACGGGGCUGGCGCUAACUUCAUUGACGCUCGAGCCCACACGAGCAUCACAUGCGUUCCUUCCCGACGGAGUCGCUCGCUGCUAAGGCCCUUUUCAAAAUCUCCUCCAAUCGAACUGACGGGCAUUGAGAAAAUGGCGCCUUCCAGAAUCCUCAGUUUUC